CCUAAUUAUACUCCCGGCCCUCUCCCCACCGUGGCCACCAGCAGCACCAGGGCCUCUUCUUCCCUCCGUCUUCUUACCAUGGCAACGCAGCAGGCGAUGAUGGAUCGAGCCCGGUCCCUGGAUCGCAAACACCCACGGGAACCAUCCAUUCGGAACUGAUCAUUUCGAUCUAGCUUUUGCUCUGCGGCGCGCGCAUAAUCCUGGCUCAUCCUUUCCCUCUUCUCCUUUGCAAUCGAGGAGCACGUCGCUCGAGGCCAGGAAAGCUGCACGCUUUACAGAGAGAUCGAUCAUGAAACGGAUGCAACUGUGAAGUUACGGUAGGUGGUAGAUCAGGGAGAUGGCGGCCAACGGCGCGUCGCUGGAGCGGCGGAGCUCCGUGCGGCGGUCGGGGAGCACGGUGCGGGAGGAGCCGCCGCCGGCCGAGGAGCCCGCCGCCGCCGCCACAGGACCUUCCGACAUGGACGUGCUGAAGGAGAAGUUCUCCAAGCUGCUGCUCGGGGAGGACAUGUCGGGGUCCGGGAAAGGCGUGCCGUCCGCGCUGGCGCUGUCGAACGCCAUCACUAAUCUUGCAGCCGCUGUGUUCGGAGAGCAACGGAAGCUGGAGCCCAUGGCCCCCGACAGAAAAGCAAGGUGGAAGAAAGAAGUCGGCUGGCUCCUGUCCGUGGCGGACCACAUCGUCGAGUUCGUCGCCAAGAAACAAGUCUUGGAUAACGGCGUCGAAAUGGAGGUGAUGGGCACGCAGCAGCGAAGGGAUCUGCAGUCCAACAUUCCAGCUUUGCGCAAGAUCGACGCCAUGCUUCUCGAUUACCUGGACAACUUCAAGGAUCGCAACGAGUUCUGGUACGUGAAGCGAGACUCGUGCUCCGAGAGUGAGAAGGAGGAGGCCGGAUCGGACGAGAAAUGGUGGAUACCGGUGGUGAAGGUCCCUCCCAACGGGCUGCCCCCGGCGUCCAGAGCCUGGAUCCAGCACCAGAAGGAGCUGGUGAACCAGGUGCUGAAGGCGGCCAUGGCCAUCAACGCCAACUGCCUCAUGGAGAUGGCCAUCCCAGAAUGCUACCUAGAAUCGCUGCCCAAGAACGGGAGGGUGAGCCUUGGGGACGCGCUGUACCGGAACAUCACUGACGUUGAGUUCGACCCGGACGAGUUCCUGUCGUCGGUGGACCUGACGUCAGAGCACAAGAUCUGCGACCUCAAGGACCGCAUCGAGGCGUCGGUCAUCAUCUGGAACAGGAAGGUGCACAACAAGGACGGCAAGUCCGCCUGGGGCUCCGCCGUCAGCCAGGAGAAGAGGGAGCAGUUCGAGGAGCGGGCGCAGACGCUGCUGCUCAUCAUCAAGCACAGGUUCCCCGGCAUCCCCCAGUCCACCCUCGACAUUGCAAAGAUACAAGAAAACAGGGACGUUGGUUUUGCUAUCCUGGAGAGCUACUCCAGGGUACUCGAGAGCCUUGCAUACAACGUCAUGUCCCGGAUAGAGGACGUCAUCAUCUCCGACAACGUUGCCAGAGAGAAGGCCAAGAAGGACCUGCCACCGGGGACGGAACCGGCGCCCACUCCCCUCCCUGAGGGGGCGGACAGCAUGACACUGCUCGACUUCAUGGGCUGGAACGGCGACGCAGAGGGCAAGGUAGAGGACAAGUCUCCCUCCGCGGCUGACCAGGACGACGGGAGGCUCAUGAAGCUGCCCAACAUUAUGACCAACCUCAAGAACACCUACAUGGACGUCCUCGGUGGGCACCGGAGCCCGCCUGGUCGCCAUUAGAUAAGAAUCACGAGAUUUUGCAUGUAUUUUUACAUAGUGUACAUAUAUUCUGUUCUGAUAAAACUGGGCGGCUGCUUGACUAGCCCGCUGUUUUUUAUUUUGCACAAUUUUGAACCAGCUUUGUUGUAAGAUUCUAAAGGAUUGACCAAUAUAACUGAUAAAUUUAGAGCUGUUCUGUUCAAA